GAAGGAAGAGUAGGUGUUGGCCAGGUGAUGGGAAGGGUUUCUGGGUGGAGGAAGCAGCAGGUUCCAGUGCCUUGGUGAGGGAGGCAGAGUGGUAGGGAGAGGGCCAGGGGCCAGGUCCCAGUGUGAGGGUCCCCAGGCCGCAGUCGGGGCUGAACUGGGGGCCAGGGGCGAGGCGUGGUGAGUGACCUCUGGGAGGUGGGCGAUCUCUGGGAGGCCAGGCCCAGUGAGGUUGGAGGUGAGCAUGGAGAGGAGGGCCCCAGCCUGGGGCCCGGCAGUUCUGGGAAAGGGGAAGUUGCCAGGGCUGGGGAGUGUCACAGCUUCCUCUUUCUCUGAGGCCUGGGGGCUGUGCCUCCCUGGGGCUCCACUGCCCAGUGGUCGGUCAUGGCUUUGCUAGUUGGUUUUCUUCCAGGGAAUUUCUGGUUCUGAUUGUUUGGGCAUUUUUGGAGGUGGGGGUGGACUGCCUGUGAGGAAGCCCGCCCCCCACCCCAGCCUGUUCUGUGGUGGCCCCUGCUCCAGACACUGCGGGGGUGGGGGUUGCGGUGAGUGAGACAGACACCCUGCCUUUGCUGCUGUCGAGCUGGGGGUGGGGUGGGGAGCAGGGAGCAGAGCCAAACAAGUAAGCAAACAGAUACUAAUUACAAACCUGGGCCUGAGGUGCUGAGGGGAAGAAGGGAGUGAAGGGGUGGAAAUCACCGGACCCAGGACCAGUGUUAGGCUUAUUACCUCAUUUCACCUUCCCCGCAGCCUUGUCUUGGAAGAGCAGUAUCCCCAUCUUGCAGAUGAGGACACUGAGACCCCGCAAGGUGAAGCAGGGGCUCAAGUCCCACAGGGAGUUGGUGGCAGUGGGAACCGGAUAGGCCCAGGCCGGGAGACUAUGGGAGGAGUGGCCUCUAGGCCAACUUCCUCCUCUGCCCCAGGGGGCUUUUGGAGGCCUGGAGAGGAGGCCCCCUGCUGUGAGCCUUGGCCGCCUUCCUGAGGCCCCCUGGAGGCUCUGUAAGGUCACGCACUACCUGGCCUUAGGACUGAGCAGAGGGGUGGGGUUAGAGACUUCCCGGACACCCCCCAGCCAGGGGGCUUUGAUCUGAAUUUGGUUUUCAGUCAAGAUUCCAGGCUUCUAGGCUUGGAUGCUGGAGGCCUUGUGGGGAAGGGGGUACAGAGAGGGAGGUCAGAGCAGCAGGUGUAUGCAUGGAGGGGGUUCUGGGUGGCCGGCAUGGGCUGCCUGACUGGACAGUCCAUUGGGGGGCUCGGUCUAGCUGAGUGUGGGGGCUGGGGGAGCAGCUGUCAGCAGAGAUUCCGGCACCCAGACUGGAGUAAGUACCAGUUUGGGAUAAUUAGAAGGCACGUAAUUAGAAGGCGUCAGGGCGCGAGGCGGCGAGUGUCUGAAUGUGCCUGAGUGGGCCCUUGCUGGCUUUGAGUCUGGGCCUUCAGACCCCCAUUUUCCUCCUGGAAGUCUCGAGAUCGCAGCUCCCCAUUUACCUGGAGCUGGCCUUGGGCCGAGAGCCGCUGCCAGUGACCUGGAGAGUCCCGGGGUGUUGUGCCCGCAGCCCGCCCCCCGCCCUGUGGUGUAAUUCAAACCCUUGGCUGCUGCCACCAUGGUCUGUGUAUGGGGAUCAGUUUCCUCCGGCUCCUUUUCCAGGCUGGUGAUUCCCUGGGCCCAAGGAUGAAGCUGAGCUGGCCACACUGGCCCCUGUCCUGCCUUUUUGUGCUGCUGCCUUGGCCUCUGGCCACUCCGAUAUCAACGACCCCCUGGCAGUGCCCACCUGGGGAGGAGCCCAGCCUGGACCUGGGGCAGGGCACACUAUGCCGAUCCUGUCCCCCCGGCACUUUCUCUGCUUCGUGGGGCCCUGGUCCAUGCCAGCCCCAUUCCCGCUGCAGCCCUCGAGGGAGGUUGGAGGCCCAGCCAGGCACAGCGACUCAAGACACGCUAUGUGGAGACUGCCAGCCCGGGUGGUUUGCUGCUUCAGAGGUCACCCAUGUCCCCUGUCAGCUGUGCCCCUGGACACCUCUGGGUAUUCGCAGCUGUUAUGAGCGGGGACGGCGGGCCCGACGUGGUGUGGAGGUAGCAGCUGGGACCACCGGCACUGGGGACACUCGGCAGCCUGGGAAUGGUACCCGGGCGGGAGGCCCCGAAGAGACCGCUGCCCAGUAUGCGGUUAUUGCCAUCGUGCCUGUCUUCUGCCUCAUGGGGCUGCUGGGCAUCCUGGUGUGUAACCUGCUCAAGCGGAAGGGCUACCACUGCACGGCCCACAAGGAGGUUGGGCCCGGCCCUGGAGGUGGAGGCAGCGGGAUCAACCCUGCCUACCGGGCUGAGGAUGCCAACGAGGACACUAUUGGGGUCCUGGUACGCCUGAUCACGGAGAAGAAAGAGAAUGCGGCGGCCCUGGAGGAGCUGCUGAAGGAGUAUCACAGCAAACAGCUGGUGCAGACCAGCCACAGGCCUGUGCCCAGGCUGCCGCCGGGUCCUCCCAGCAUGCCACACAUCUGCCCGCAUCGCCACCACCUCCACACCGUGCAGGGCCUGGCCUCACUCUCUGGCCCCUGCUGCUCCCGUUGUAGCCAGAAGAAGUGGCCCGAGGUGCUGCUGUCCCCUGAGGCCGCAGCUGCCACUACCCCCACUCCCAGAGUCCUGCCCAACCUGGCCAGGGCUCCCAAGGCUGGGGCCAAGGCAGGACGCCAGGGCGAGAUCACCAUCUUAUCUGUGGGCAGGUUCCGAGUGGCCCGAAUUCCGGAGCAACGGUCGAGUUCAGCAGCCUCUGAGUUGAAGACUAUCACGGAGGCUGGACCCUCAGGGGGUGAUCUCCCAGAUUCCCCACAACCCGGCCUCCCCACUGAGCAGCGGGCACUGCUGGGAAGUGGUGGAAGCCAUACUAAGUGGCUGAAGCCCCCAGCAGAGAACAAGGCUGAGGAGAACCGCUAUGUGGUCCGGCUAAGUGAGAGCAACCUGGUUAUCUGAUGGUCGGCCUCAUCUGAGGAUGCUGCAGCCCUGCCCUGGGAGGUUCCGAAGGCUUCCUGGAGGAGGUAGAACUGCAGCCCAGCCUGUGAGGAUCAAGAAGCAAUGGUCCAGCAGACAGAACAGCAAAGGCCAAGGCCUGGUGGUGGGAGCGCCCACCCCUGUGAAGAGGCAGGCCAGCCGGCGGGUGCUGUGUGCAGGAGCAGGUUCAGAGCCCCUCCCUUGCUCCCGCCCCUAUGCCCCUGCAGGAUCCUCUGUACCACCAGGUCGCUAGGCCUUGGUCAUGGGAAGGGGUCCUCUGCCUGGCACCCCUGGCCCCAUACCUUGGUAGUUAACUGCCCCUGCCUCUGUACAGGGCCCUAGCAUGGACCUCUCCCUCCUCUUCUGGUGGGCCCUGUAAAGGGAAGGGGCAACAAAAAGCCACGGGCUGGACACUGGGUUCCCUGGUUCUAAUCGUGGGCAAGCCCCUGGCCAUCACCUGGUUAUAGUUGUUCUGACCAGGAAGUGGGGAGAGAAAGAUCUCUCUGGUCCCAAGGCUUCUCCAGUCCUUGCAGGCUCUGGCCUGGGUCUUGUGCAGAGAGAGCUGGAGUCUUUGCCACCCCUCCCAUUAGUAGCUUUAUCUGGCCCCAUUUUUGCGGCUUCCAGGGCCUGUGCCUUCAGGCCCCCAUGGGGCUGCCUGUCUCUGGCUCUGCCUACAGAAGGGGCUUAAUGCAUGUAUCUGCUGCCCCCUCCCCCACUAUUUUUAUUGAAAUUGGAACAACAGUCUUGACCUGGGCAGGGCUUUGAUACGGGGUGCCAGCCUGCAUAGCCACCCCAAGAUCUCAGGAGCUUUCAGGGAGAGGCAUGUGUGGGGCUGGAGAGGCACCUCUGGCCUCCGUGGUUUCUGUGUCCUUGUGGGGUUGGUGUGUCUGUCCCCAGCCUGGGCAGUGCAGGCAACUGCCCAGCUCAGUUCCUAUGUCCACUCUAGCUCAGCAACCUGGUUAUUUAUGUGGGGCCGUGCAGGCAUGGGGCCCACUGCCAUCCCCAUUUCUCUUAUUUAUUGAAAAUUUGCUGUUGUCCUGUCCUGUCUACAUUCCCAUCCAUUUAUUGGAUAAUAAAAGGUGGGAAAGUGGUGUCAUGAGGAGCUUCUUUCCCUGUCACCCGUCCAUUCACCAAAUAUCUGUGUGUCAGGUACCAUGUGUGGGACAGGCCAUCCCUCCCCCUGCGGUGCCAGCUCUGUGGUGGGUGGGCAUGGGGCAGCAUGUGAGGUGGGGCUGGAGGAGGUCCCUCACCUCGCUGGGUUCUCACUGAAGCUCCUAGAAGCAGUGCUGUCCAAUGGAUAGUACACACCACAUAUGUAAUUUCAAAUUUUCUAAUAGCCACGUUUUAAAAAGUAAAUCAUGAAAGUUAUCAAUAAUGUAUUUAAGCCAAUAUAUCUAAAAUAUUUUCAUUUUAAUAUAAAGUCAGUAUAAAAAAUUA